CUCUCACCAUCGUUCUCCUUUCUCUCUGUUCAAGUGAAUCUGAAAAAAGGCAGAGGAUAAGAGAUUUUGUUCCAAUCCAGCCUGGGUAAAGUAGAUUCGGGAAUCCCUUAAAUCCUGAAUGGACAUAGCAAAUUAUUGGAGGUACUUUCGGAUUUAUGGAGAUCCACCUGUAAUUGGAGGUAUGCAAAAAUGGUCCCCCAUAUGACUUUGUUUUCUUUACUUUAUUUUCUUUUAGGGUUUUGUCUCCUAACUCAGUACUAUGCUUGUUAGUGGUGUAGAAAGUAUAGAUUGUUUAAGAAAGUGAAGAAUUUAUUGUCUAGGUUUUGUUUUGGUUCUAAGGUCUGUUGUCAUGUUCUAUCAUACUAUAAUAUUCUUGCCGAUGGGAAUGGAGUUUAAUGUGGGGAAAGCUUUGAAUAUUAGUGGGUGAUGAAGAAAUUUGAACAUUAAAUUUGGUUGGUGGAACUCAUUGACGUUGAACAUUUGAAAACUGGGACUAGUAGAAUUAAAAAAACACACUACUUAUUUGAACUGACAAACAUAAAUAAAAGAGAUAUUGAAUUGAGUCUAUUUAGUAUGCAAUUGGCAUCAUGUUUAUUGGGUUGAGUAUAUUAGGUUUAAAUAUGACUAUAGCAGACUAUUGUUGACUAGUAUUGAUUGUUAUUGACUUAGGUUUAGAUCAUGUUGAAUGAUGCAAGUCCUAAUUUAUUUACUGUAAAAAUACAUUAUGGGGGGAGGUUUUACAGCCAAGGUGGUGUAAACAGACAUUACAGGGGUGGUUCAGUUGUUUUCGUGGAUGGUGUGGUUCCAGAGAAAUUAUCAUUUACAAGCUUCAACUAUUGGGCACAUGACUUAGGUUACACCCAAGGUCCAAUUGCAUAUUGGUUUCGGGUACCUGGCAGUGAAGCAAGAAGUGGCUAUUUACCAAUUGCAACAGAUGCAGAUGCUGUGGAUAUGGUUCAAUUUAUUCCAAGCACUAGAAGAUUAUUGGAUGUGUAUAUUGUCUGUUUGAGUGAAAGGAAGGUUUUUCAGCCUUGGUAACUAGAUGCCUAUGAUGAUGAAGUAGACCAUUUGUCAUUUAUUGGGCAUGUCAUUCAUGAUCUAGAAGAUGAGCCAGGACUAUUGAUGAAUGACAGGAUAAAUGCACUUGGUGAAAAUUUCACAAUUGAGAUGCAUGUUGAAGAUGAUCACGUUGAUGGGGUAAAUGCACUUGGUUUAAAUUUCCCAAUUGAGAUGGGAUUUGACGAUGAUCAUGUUAAUGGGCCAACUAUUGACUCUACAUUCCAAGAAAAUGGAGCUGCAUCUAUUUCUAAUAAGCAAAAAGAUAAGGGAAAAAAGAAGAAGGAAUAUGCUGAGGUGGAAGUAACAAAGAAGAAGGUAGGCAGACCCAAGAAAGUAUCAAAAAGGAGAUAUGAGACAAGAUUCAAUGGAGAAUGUUCUCAUGCUGCGGACUUAGUAGAUAAUUCAUCUAGCUCAGAUGAUCCAGACUAUGCUGAUGAAAUAGUUUAUAGUGAUUGGGAAUUAUUUGACGAAGAUGAUGAGAUGGGAUUUGGAGGGAACAUAUCUGAUGGUGAGGGAGAGGAUUCUGAUGGGCUUGCUAGUUAUCAUGGAUCCUCAGAUGAGUUUGCUGAAGAUGCAGGAAUUUUUAAAGUGAAGUCAAAGAGGAUGUUUUCUAAGUGGAAGGAAUUCAACAAGAACUUUGAUAUGAAGAGGCCAACUUUUGAGCUUGGCAUGGCAUUUCCUAACUCUGUUGUCUUCAAGAAUGCAAUUAGAAAACAUGCAGUUUUGACGAAGAAAGAGCUCCGGUUUGCUAAAAAUACAAGGUACAAAGUGAAGGUCAUUUGUAAGACAUCCCCCGAUUGUCCUUUUUGGAUUUAUGCAACAAGUCCAUCUAAAAAUAUUCCUACUCUAUAUAUUAGGACUCUUAGGCCUCAACACAUGUGCAAUGAGCUGGUUGGGAAAGUAUACCAUUGUCAUGCUCCUUUUAUUGCUAAUGAGUACCUUGAUUGUUUUAUGAAUGAUCCUAAGUGGAGUAGGGAAGGGGUUCAAAAUGUUGUUGGAAGGGACUUUGGAAUGGACAUUGGUUAUCAAAUAUGCUACAGGGCUAAGAGAAUUGCAAUGAAGCUAGCUCAAGGUAGCUUUGAACAACAAUAUAAUUUGCUUGAAAGCUAUGCCCAUGAACUGAAGAAAACAAACCCGGGAACUUCUGUUUGGAUACACACUGAGAUGGAAGGUGAUAUUUAUAGGUUCAAGAGAAUAUAUAUUUGUUUAGAAGCACUUAAAGUUGGAAGGAAGGCAAGUUGUAGGAAGCUUAUUUGUUUGGAUGGUUGUUAUUUAAAGGGUGUGCAUAAGGGUCAGUUAUUUGCUGCUGUUGGAAUUGAUGGCAAUAACGGAAUGUAUCCCAUAGCAUAUGCAGUGGUUGAAUUGGAGAAUAAGGAAACUUGGACAUGGUUUCUACAGUUUCUUCAAGAAGAUUUGGAACUCUGGAAUAGUUACCACUAUGCUUUCAUAUCUGAUAAAUAGAUCGAAAGGACUUGAACAAGCAAUUGCUACACUUUUUCCACAUGCAGAACAUCGGCACUGUGUAAGACACUUACGUACACAGCAAUUUCAAGGGAGAUGGAUUUGCUGGGUUGCAAUUGAAGCAGAUUUUCUGGGCAAUAGCCAGGGCAAAUACUAUGAGACAAUUUACCAAAUCAAUGGAAGAUUUGAGUAAAGUUUCUUAUCAGCAAGCAUGGAAAUGGUGCAAUGACAGGUAAAAAUGGAGUUCUACUCAUACUAGGAGACCUGUGGAAGCUAGGAGAAGUCUAUGGAACAUCCAUGAAGCAUCUAGAAGUCUCAAGAAGAUCAUUACCAAGUUGGACACAAGUUGUUCUUUAAAAAUCAAAUCCAUUACAGAUUCGGAAAACUGCCAGUGCAGAUUAGUCAACUUCAACAGAGUGUCAAAACUCGCUCAGAGCUCAGAAAAUUAUGAUCUUUAUAUGGUUGGAAAGCUGCGGAUGUCUAGUUUCCAGAACUUUUUACAGCUCAUCGAUAUCUAUUUUCUAGAAGAAGUUAUGACCGUUUUAGUGAACUGAGGUCAAAUCUGCCGGAAAUCUGUUUUGUGUCAAAGAAGUUCUAACUCAAUUUGAUUUCUACAACCUAAAAGAGAUAUUUUGGGAGUUCUAAAUCAAAUUGAUUUAUACUUGCUUGUGUAAUAUUCCUAUUGGUCGAAUUAUGAAGAGUAAUCAUGACACCAAGGCUAUAAAUAAAGAGAGGAGGGUGACCAAAAUAAAAAUCAGAAUAUACACAUCUCUUCCUUCAUCCAUUUCAUCUUCUUUGUCUCUCCAUUUCCUCUCCAUUUUCCUUUUCAUUCUCUAGUCUUCUAGUUCUGCAUUUUCAAGCAAAGAGGAGAAGAAGAAGAAGCCGUGAGCAAUCCUAGCUGCCAUCGUUCCACCUUGUGCCGUGAUAGUGAAGCCUUGCUUUCAAGAUUCAAGAUCAACGUCUCAAGUUCUUCAUCAUCCACUCCAUUCACGGUGUGUACCCUCAUUCCCCGGAUAGAACGAUCCCUACUUUCUUUAUACUACAUUUGACAACAGGGUUAAAUUGCGUGCUACUUUGAGCGUGUCACGCAUAUGUAAUUAUGAGAUUAUAUAUCGAUUUUUAGUUGUGUUAAAAAUCAGGGGCGUGACAAUUAUAUUAGCUAUCCUUCUCUUGAGGCAGUAGCUUCUGCAACCACUAUACUUGUAGAACCCAAAAUCCUGCAUGCAGCCACUAGAGGAUUACCAUCAGUAUUUCUAAGAAUAAAACCAAUUGAAGCCUUUCCAUUCUUAACACAACCAUCAAAAUUCAUUUUAACAAAGUGGUUAUCCGGAGGAAUCCGUUUAAUAAAUCUAUGUAUUAUUCUGUGA